GGAGCUGAAGUGAUAACAGAACAUCACUGGAGAUCAUCUCCAGGUGAGAAGUAGUUUGAGCUACUCACGUGUUCUAUUCAUUACCAGUGAAUAGACGAAGUAGUGAAUGAACGAUUUCACAUCACAGAAGGGCGGUGAAUAAAAAUGGGCCGCUCCAGGCAUGAAAAAUUCCUCUGAUUGAAAGUUCGAGCAUGAUUGACAAGAUCAGUCAUGAAUCGGAAGAGAAAGAGGGCACUGGGAGUGAGAAAUGCAUGAACCAAGGGGAGACGCAGCUGAACGAAGAGUGGUCACAAAAGGCAUUCAAAGAACUAAAUGAAACACCAGAAGCCAUUCGAAACGGGUUGGCCGAGUUGAAGAAACUUAUUUCAGAAGAGCCUAAUCUCAACGCAAAAACUGAUGAUGCAUUCCUUCUCCGAUUCUUACGGGCCAAGAAAUUCGAUGUCCCCAAAGCUUUCUUCACGCUGCAGAGGUACUACCAGAUGAAAUAUGAAAGUCCAGAACUAUUCAAAGUUCCCCGACCUUCCAAAAAGCUGCACAUACUUGAUAUGCAAUGUCAAAAUAUGCUGGAACAGCGAGACAAUAAUGGAUCCAGAGUUUACAUAUUCAGAGUGGAAAAGUGCGACGUGUCACAAGUGACAGUGGAAGAUGUGUUCUGCACAAACGUGAUGGCCCUGGAGAUGGCAGUGAGGGAGCCUGAGACUCAGGUGGCAGGCAUCACUGCUAUAGUCGACAUGAAUGGCUUUGGACUGCACCAGCACGCCAAGUUUCUUUCGCCUUACUACGCGAAACGGACCGUGGAUGUAGUGCAGGAAACAUUUCCUCUGCGUUUCAAGGGCUUUCAUGUUGUAAAUCAACCAUUCUACUUUGAUGCUAUCUAUUCUGUAUUGAAGCCUUUUUUGAAAGAGAAGAUCCGAAAAAGGAUAUAUCUACAUGGAAAAGAUUUGAAAUCUUUGCACAAUCAUGUUAACAAGAGCAUUCUCCCGCUUGAGUUUGGUGGUAAUGAGCCAUUUGACAAUUCCCAUUGGAAAAGAGCUCUGCUGAAUUUGGAGGAUGAGUUUUCAGAAAUGGAGGAGUAUGGCUUCACAAGUUUACCGACAAGGAUUGAAGAAGAGCCUUCGUCAUCGACAGUUUGAGUCAAGACUCCUCAAAUGAGAUUCACUUGAAAUUAUAAUAGAUUCCAUUUAUGUGGAGUAUAUAAAUGAGGUAAUGGCAAUAUAGAUUCACUUCAUACUGUCAAACGAAAGUCUAUUUACAAGGAAUUAUAACAGUUUGAAGUCACUACUAUGGAAUUAAGAUAAUUGGUUAAUGUCAUUGAAUGGCCAAUUAUUUAUUGAUGCCACAUAGAUCUACAUCUAUUCAGUUCAAAUCUUUUAAAUUCUAGAUCUACAUAUAUUCAGUUCAAAUCUAUUAAAUUCUAGAUCUGGAUCACUUACUCGAGUAACUGAUAACUUUUAGUACCUAUAUUUUGCAGCGUUCGUAUUAUUUUUCUCUCAUUCAAGGUUAUAUCCGGUUUACUUUUAAUAAAAUUAUUAUUGAAGCUAGAAGAUUCUUUGAAUUAGGUUGAGUGUUCAAAUGAGACUUAAUCAAAUUCACCAAUCGUUCAAUUCAUUGAAUAUUACUGCAAUAGACCUAUCAAUUUAAAAAAAAGUUUUUAAGAUAUAUCUUAGUUGAUGUAUUCAUGUUGAAAUGAUUUAUUUAUUUAUGCUGUAAAAUGAUUACGCUUUUGUAGUUAUAUAAUAAUUAUUAUGUGUAUGAUAGUUUAUGAUGAGAUGCCUAUUUUUACUGAAGAAAAUCAUAUAAUAUGUAGUGCCGGUACCGUUACGGUAGAGCUAACGGAAUAAUAUGAAGGCUAAUCAAUAAAUGUACGGUACUAGAUUGAAUUUUUCAAUUUAUUUCUGAAAUGCAUGAUUUAAUUCAAGUUAUAAAUGAUGAUGAAACACUAGAAUAUUGUUUAGAAUUAUCGCGAAUUUAUUAAAAAGUUACAAACAUGUUUUUCAACAUCACCUAUUGACAGGUGUGUCAUCUUCACCUAAAGACGUUGAAAACAUGUAGCCUAUGUAACUUUUUAAUAAAUUCGAUAUAUUUUUAGACAAUAUUCUAGUGUUUCAUUAUGGAUAAAUAUCACUAAAUCUCACCAAAAACAGUAUCUGAAGAUAUA